AUGAAUGUCACUGACACUGACAAAAAGAUACCCUGCCCUUUGACUAUGGAUAUGGUGUCUUCAAAGAAGUGGCACAAGAGGCCACAUCAGCUGCUGCACCAGCAAAGAUUGCGCAGCUUCUAUGUAGAUGAUGGGCUGGUGAGUGUAGCCAGUGAAGAGGAAGCCAUCCAGUUGGCCAAUGAAGCCAGACAACUUUGCAGCAAGGGUGGCUUACGUCUCCACAAGUUUGUUUCGAAUUCCAAGGAAGUUCUGGAGAGUCUGCCAAAGUCUGAGCGUGCAAGUGGGGUCAUCGACUCAAAUUUGGAUUUUGAGGAUCAAGUAGAGCGUGCUCUGGGGAUUGUUUGGAAUGUGGCCACGGAUGCCUUUUGUAUCAGAAUUUCCCUGAAAGAGAAACCAAUGACACGGCAGGGAAUUCUUUCCAUAGUCGCAUCCCUGUAUAUUCCUCUUGGAUUUGUGGCUCCGGUUGUGCUCGAUGGCAAGAGAAUCCUUCAAGAAAUGUGUCGUAGCGGGCUUGGAUGGGAUGAUCCAGUACCCGAGAACCUGGAGUCAAGGUGGGAUCAAUGGUGUAAGGAAAUCCCACAGCUAGAGGAGCUCAGAAUACCUCGGUGUUAUCAUCCUGCUGAGUUUGGUUAUCAGGUAACAGUGCAGCUUCACCAUUUCUUGGAUGCCAGCAAGUCUGGUGAUGGCCAAUGUUCUUAUUUGCGUCUCAUUAACCAGAAAGGGGAAGUUCACUGUUGUCUGAUCUUCGGCAAAUCAAGGGUUGCGCCAACCAAGGUUGUUACAAUUCCCAGAUUAGAGUUGACAGCGGCAGUUGUGUCAGCUAAGGUGCACUCUAUGUUGAAAGAAGAGCUAGAGUAUCAUGAUGCCAAAGAUUUCUUCUGGAUAGAUUCCCAAGUAGUCCUGGGAUACAUCCACAAUGAUGCACGGAAGUUCCACAGGUUUGUCGCUAAUCGAGUCCAGCUAAUCAGAGAUAGGACUUCUCCCGACCAAUGGCAUUAUGUCUCAACUGAUCAAAACCCCGCUGACCAUGCUUCCAGAGGAUUGAGCGCCAGUCAGCUGUGUAGCGCGAACUGGUUUAAAGGACCCAGUUUCCUCUGGGAGGACUUCGCGGUAGGAAGUAUCUCUCCGACACUCGCCGUGGGGGAUCCGGAGGUGAGAGCAAUCAACCUAUCGACAAUUACUCAUCCGGAACCGUUAUCUCCCAUCUCGCCUCACCAGAAUCUCUAG